AUGGCAACACAACUACCGCGGGUAUCCAAAUCUGACUUAAAAGCCUUUCUUGUUCAGGAUCAUACUUCCUUUUCGGUUCUUUCGGUCUCUUGUAAGCAUAUUGAAGCCACUAACCGCAUCUCAGUCACACUUUCUAAAAACAGUGCUCAAUCUUUUUAUCUCGGCAAGGAACCCAAGAACUCUACCACCGCUGGACAAUCGCAACCCAAAAUAAUUGAUGAUUGCUUACAAGAUGCCCACAACUGCACUUACUUUACCUUCUUCAACUCCAAAGAAAAAAAACUUUACACUCGCUUCAAAGAUAAAGUGGAAGCCAACUUUGAAGGAACCCAAGCUGAGCAACCCCUCCUUUUCUUAACCCUCACUUUCAACACCACUCACGACAACUAUUCCGCUUUUACUACCAACUGA